AAAUGUUCGAGCUAACCACUUAAAACUGACCCCUAAAAAACUUGCCGAAUGGCGUGAACAGCAAAUGACGGGUACUAUCCACGGAACUGAAGCUGCCCAAGAAUCUGGAGUUAGCAUUAAUACUUUGCCUAUCGGUUUUAAAGUUCCUGAGUCCGCUGAUAGCGAGAAAAAAGAAGGAAAUGAAAGAUCAAACGAGAAAGUAAAAAAGGUUGAAGCUCACGGAUUCCGACAAAUAGAUGCAAGUAUUGAAAUUGCUCGAAAUUUAAGCUCACAGAGUCUAUCGAUAGAAAACUUAUCAAAGAAUCACCAGCAAAAUUACAACGAUAGUUUAUGGCAAGUUAAAGAUACAUACGAGAAUGAUAAAAGUAUGCGAGAUUCUGAGCCGUCGGAUUUUGACGCAAAUUACAGUGAAGAUACAAUUGAUAAGCAGAUUCAUAAAGAGUUAGAGGAAAUGACAUUUGAAGAUGCAGUGGAAGAAAUUGAUGCAUUGGAUUUACCUGAUUGUACUUUAGAAGAAUCGCUUGAAAGAAUGUAUGAAUUAGAAUUUGAAAAUAAGCAUGAUCUUAAUAUUCUUGAGAAUUCUAUGACCAACAUGGAUCAAGAAAUUCUACAAAUGAGAGUAAGGAUCGCUGACCUUAUCAAUGAUCUUGCUAUUUCAUCUCUCUUUGAACAAGAAGACUUAAAAAUAUU